CGACAUUGUUCACCGGCCGUAAAGUUAUUUACUGUUACUAGUCAUAACAUCGAACUCCAAGUGCAACUGUAUAUUUAUCAAGUCGUUGCCAGGCCUGUACAUCCGGUGAAUCAUGAUGGUAAAAUGCUCCAUCACGACCGCAGCAACCUAUGUUUAAAUCUCUAGAUCCCCAGCACUGCCAUGUGCGCUCAUUCAUAAAACUCAAAAGGUGAAUACUGUGUACGAAACACAUUUUUGGAUAUCUAGAUGGAGUAUUCGACUGCUGAUAUUGCAGCAGCGAUGAGCUUGCAGUCAACUAAGUAUAUACACAUGUCAGUGGCUACGUUCUUGAUCUAUGAUUAUGCAUGCUGUGUUCAUGAGGAGUGGAGAUUUCUGCUUCAAUCGCGCUGGACCAAGAUGAAAGGGGGAUUUACCCCGAAUGACAACGCAGAUAAAUGCCGAGCACUGGACCAUGUUGAACUGGGUCUUGACCUAGUAUUAAUCCUUUUCUCCGAAUGGUUUUUCAUUCUUAGAACAUAUGUGCUCUGGGACAAUCAUAUAAUCUUGCUCGCAGCCAUGCUGUCUAUCUUUCUCUCUCUUCUCGGCGCUUCUAGCGGUAUUGCCAUUGCCACCACUGAUACCGCAUCAUAUGCAACUAGCGUGAUCCCGGGCAUCACAGGGUGCUACCAGACUUCGACCACUUACUGGUUAUUCAUACCAUUUCUUCUCCUUUCCGUGUUGCAACUGGGACUCAUGGCGCUCACGCUUAUACGUGCCAUGCAGGACUGGCGGAGAAACUCAAACUGUCCGUACGAUGUCCUGGUGAAGCAUAACAUAUCCUAUUAUGCUUGCGGUCUUCUGUUUUCGGUAACGAAUGUCUUCAUAUUGCUGCUCCUCUAUUCCUCCUACCACGUCAUAUUGUAUGAUUUUCAGUUCAUGAUCCUUGCAAUCCUCGCCACGUGCAUGCACCUCCAUCUCUGGCAGGUGAACCAAGGCUCUAGCUCCUCCAUGCAUAUCCCAAUGUCCGACAUAUCAUUUGAAAAUGUCACGGCGUGAUGUUUCAUCUUGUGGCUUAUCAGGUGUCCUUCAUGAGGCGAUGUGGGCUUGGUAGAGUUCGUCACGUGCUUGACUUAUAGAUGAGUGGGAGUACUUGUGGCUUUGAUCUGUAGUUUCCACCCGUCGGCGGCGGCCGAUUCAGAAUCAUGCUAGAGCCAGAAUCGAGGAUGAUCUAGGUCUCCUCCUGCUACACAUGAUGUUUAUAUACUACGAGGAAUUUGAUUUGAUCACGGCAGGUCUCUUUGAUUUGUCUAUUCACUGUU